UGGUAAUCCGUUUUCUCACCUGAUGACAUGUCGUGACCCUUUUAACCGUGUUCAAAAGGUUGUGCUUGUGCUGUAGUUGUCAGUCAGUCUUCAUCUUUGUUCUAAAAUACUCUCCGCUCACUCAAUUCCUUGCCUACGUCAUCCACCAAGCCACGAGCAUGGGAGUCGGCGACACUUCAAUCCGCUCCAGCGAGCGUCCUGAGGCUGGCAGUGUGAACAUACCGGUCGGCGUAUUUCCAACAUCGUCGAAGAAUGAGUCCAUCGAUGCACACAAGGUCGCCAACGAGGUGAUCGCACGGUUCAAUGAUGCACUUGCGAAAAAGGAUCAUGCGGCUAUUGCCGACCUCUUUUCUAAAGACAACAGUUACUGGAGAGAUCACUUAGCGUUGAGUUGGGAUCUCAGGACAGCAAAGGGUAGUGCAGACAUCAAGAAAUACCUGGACUCCAGCAAGGUGCAAAUAGAGAAGAUUGAGGUGGACAGGAGCUCAGACUACCGCGCGCCGAAGUUUGGAGCGAUCGAUGUGCUAGGCGAUGUCACUGGCAUCAACUUCUUCGUAACUUUCGAGACGAGUGUCGGACGUGGGGAGGGUGUAAUGAACCUAGCUGAAGACAAUGGGCAAUGGAAGGUGUUCACGCUAUACACUUUGCUGAAAGAGCUCAAGGGUCAUGAGGAGCCAUUGGGUCACCGAAGGACAAAGGGUGUUAAACACGGCGGAGAUCCGAACAGAAAGACGUGGAAGGAGACGCGUGAUGCAGAGAAAGAGGAGAUCGACCCGACAGUGUUGAUCCUUGGAGCCGGGCAAGGUGGGCUAACAGUCGCUGCGCGCCUACGGAUGCUCAACGUUCCCGCGCUUAUUGUCGACCAAAAUGAGAGGGUUGGCGACAAUUGGCGCAAGCGAUAUCGGCAAUUAGUACUCCACGAUCCAGUAUGGUACGACCACAUGCCUUACGUCCCCUUCCCAGCACAUUGGCCAGUCUUUACCCCGAAAGACAAGCUGGCGGAGUUCUUCGAAGCGUACGUGAACCUGCUGGAACUCAACGUGUGGACUUCGACAAGCCUCAAAUCAACAUCGUGGGAUGAGAGUAAGAAGCAAUGGACCGUGACUGUCGAACGCCGGAAACCUGAUGGGAGCGCUGAGACACGCACAUUACAUCCGAAGCACAUUGUACAGGCGACAGGCCACUCCGGCGAGAAAAAUUUCCCGCAGAUCAAGGGUAUGCAAGACUUCAAAGGCGACCGCCUGUGCCACAGCUCGGAGCACCCAGGCGCAAAUCCAGAGUCAAAGGGCAAGAAGGCUGUGGUGGUGGGAUGCUGCAAUUCCGGUCAUGACAUCGCGCAAGACUUCUUUGAGAAAGGAUACGACAUCACCAUAGUACAGCGCAGCACAACAUGCGUUGUUUCUUCCGAGGCCAUCACCGACAUCGGCAACAAGGGGUUGUACGAUCAAGACGCACCGCCUGUUGAUGAUGCCGACCUUACUUUCUGGAGUCUGCCAAGCGAGCUUCUGAAAGCACAGCAGAUCAAGGUCACGAAGAUUCAAGCCGACCAUGACAAGAAAAUGCACGACGGUCUUCGCGCGGCUGGCUUCGGUCUUGACAGUGGGCCAAUGGAUUCAGGCCUUCUUAUCAAGUACUUCCAGCGCGGUGGCGGCUACUAUAUCGAUGUCGGCGCGUCCCAGCUUAUCAUCGAUGGUAAGAUCAAGGUCAAGCAAGGCCAGGAGAUUGCGCAAAUCUUGCCAAACGGUAUCGAGUUCGCAGAUGGUGAUAACCUGGAAGCUGAUGAGAUCGUAUUUGCGACUGGGUACCAGAACAUGCGCACGCAGGCACGAAAGAUCUUCGGCGAUGAAGUCGCGGACCGCGUCAGCGAUGUAUGGGGUUUCAAUGACGAGGGCGAGUUCAGGACGAUGUGGCAGAAGAGCGGUCAUCCUGGUUUGUGGUUCAUGGGUGGCAAUUUGGCUCUGUCGCGAUUCUACAGUAGGGUUCUCUUUCCACACACCAUGACUUCAACGCCCCAAGUCAUCCUCGUCGUCGGCGGAACGUCGGGAAUCGGAUACGCCAUCACGCAAUCCAUUUUGUCGUCACCUUACCUGCCGUUGAACGCAAAAGUAAUUGCGUUUGGGCUUAUAGAUUCGACCAUCAAGCUUGAAUUCACGAAGCAGCAGAGAGAGCGUCUCCGAAUAGUUGAAGGCGAUGUCACAGUAGACGAAGACCGCGAGCUAGCGGUCCAGACGUGCUUCAACCAUUUCGGAGGCCUCGAUACCAUGGUGUACUGUGCAGGCGUUAUCACACCAAUCCAAAGGCUAGAAAAGCUGGACAUUGAAGCUGCGAAGAGGAGUUUUGAUAUCAAUGUUUUUGGCGCAAUGAGUAUGGUUCAACUUACACUCCCUCAUCUCCGUGCGUCACGAGCAUCGCAUCCCCUUAAUGCUGGUCGUGGCAAAGUCAUUAUCCUCUCUUCAGCCUGCGAUAGUACUGUAUCAUACCAUGGCUGGAUGCCUUAUAGUACUACAAAAGCUGCGCUAACCCGAUUCAUCUCCUGUCUCGCACACGAGGAGCCUCUACUUCGCGUUCAGGGCGUAUACCCGAAGUUGACACGGACUAAGAUGAUCGAUGGCUUAGUCGAAGGGAAGUAUCGGGGUGUUAUGGCUGACCACGAGAUCGAGAGGUUCAGGAUUUGGGAUGAAAUGGGUGAUGAGAUGGUGGAGCCACCUGAACUGUGCGGAGAGGCUGUAGCGAAGUUGGCGUUGGGACUAUUCGAGGGAGGAAAGAGUGGAGAAACGCUGUAUUACGACGAGCAUGUUCCGCGGAAGAUCGCGGGGACGUAACCAGCUGAAGCAAGUUGUGGAAUACUUGAACAUACGUCAAUAUACUACUUUCGACGCCUACUAGUCCGAAUCGCGUUUACGUCGCUAGCCGAUUGAUUUGAGCUUAAUACAUCUAUAUAAAGAGAUGAAUUGAACUGUCGCGAUACAAUAACAAAGAUCCUUCUAGUCAGAGCAAGUAAUGUUGGCUUCAUCAGUAUAGUGAAGCGCCACAUCCAUUCACUCUGUCUGGCCCGAACCCCU